AUGGGUUUUGUGGGGUUGAAGCUACUGUUUAUCGGGGUUGUGUUCUUGUUGUGUUUAUCUUCUUGUUAUUCUCAGUUUAAUCCGGCGGAUAAGUAUUCGAUUGAUUGUGGAUCUCCGAGCAACACCACCAUCGGCAAUCGGGUGUUUUUAUCUGAUAGUUUGGCUUCGAGUUUUCUUUCAACCCCACAAAAUGUUUUGGUUGAUACUUCUGCAAAUUCAAUUCCUUCUUCUGAAUACUCUCCGCUGUAUAAAACAGCAAGAAUCUUUACUCAAACAUCUACAUACACUUUUCGAAUCACUCAAAGCGGUCGUCACUGGAUCCGUCUUUAUUUCUUCCCAUUCUCCGCCAGUAAUUACAAUCUAACCACCGCAGUUUUCUCCGUUUCAACUCCAGAUCACUCUCUGUUGAGCGAUUUCAAAGCCGAAGGUGUUCAGACCAAAGAAUAUUCAGUAAAUGUCACCUCCGGCGACCUUGAAAUCACCUUUACACCUACCGGGAGUUCAUUUGCUUUCUUGAAUGGUUUAGAAGUUGUUUCGGUUCCAGAUCCGUUGAUCCCUGAUGAUGCAAUGUCCGUCAAUCCUCCGACAAACUUCAAAGGGAUGUUGAAUAAGGCGCUGGAGACGCUUGCUAGGGUGAACAUGGGAGGUCCGGUGGUCACAUCCCGGAAUGAUUCAUUGUGGAGGUCUUGGGUUACUGAUCUGAGCUAUUCAAAGAACCGGAAUUUUGAAUCGAAUGCUUCAAAUCCCACCGCUGUUAGAUACCCACCCGCCGGCGCUACUCAAAACGAUGCUCCGGUCAGCGUCUAUGGAACCGCCGCAACGAUGGCAUCUGAAAACGACCCAAAAGCCAAUUUCAACGUCACCUGGGAGUUCCCGGUGGAUCGUGGAUUCCAGUAUCUCGUCCGCCUCCAUUUUUGCGAUAUCGUAAGUACUUCUGCCAAUACACUCUACUUCAACGUCUACAUCGACGACUCCAACGUUCUACCCGAUUACGAUCUCUCCACCAAGUUCGGCGGAAGCUUAGCCACGGCGUCAUACUCCGAUUUCGUAACCCAAUCGCUUAAUAAAAACCAAAUUCGCAUCAGCAUCGGCCCUUCCACCAUCAAAGACGUUUACCCUAACGCUAUACUGAACGGCGUCGAGAUUAUGAAGUUGAGUAAUUCCGACGGUAGUCUUUCCGGUGGAAACAUCCCGUCCUCCAAUUCUAGCUCUAAAAAGAACAUCGGUCUGAUCAUCGGUGUAGUCGUCGGAAUUCUUGUAGCACUUUUAGCAGGUGUCGUUUUCUUCUGUGUUUACAAAAAACGAAAACAGGAACAACUCAACCAAUCAAAGAUCUGGAUUCCAUUAUCAACCAACGGGAUUUCCCAAACAAUGGGCAGCAAAUACUCCAAUGGAACAACCAUUAGUGCUGGCUCAAACUUCAAUUACAGGUGUCCAUUCGCAGCAAUUCAAGAAGCCACCAAUAAUUUUGACGAAAGCUGGGUGAUCGGAAUCGGUGGAUUUGGUAAAGUCUACAAAGGUGUUUUAAGCGAUGGAACAAAAGUAGCUGUGAAAAGAGGAAACCCAAAAUCCCAACAAGGUUUAGCCGAAUUCCAAACAGAAAUCGAAAUGCUUUCACAAUUCAGACAUCGUCAUUUAGUUUCCCUAAUUGGAUACUGUGAUGAAAAAUCGGAGAUGAUUCUUAUAUAUGAAUACAUGGAAAACGGGACUUUAAAAAGUCAUCUAUACGGGUCGGGUUUUCCAAGCAUGAGCUGGAAGCAACGUCUUGAAAUCUGCAUCGGGGCGGCCCGCGGGUUACAUUAUUUACAUACGGGUUAUUCAAAGGCGGUGAUCCACCGUGAUGUGAAGUCAGCCAAUAUUUUGUUAGAUGAAAAUCUAAUGGCGAAAGUGGCUGAUUUCGGGCUCUCGAAAACGGGGCCCGAAAUCGACCAGACCCAUGUGAGUACUGCGGUCAAAGGUAGUUUCGGGUACCUUGACCCGGAGUACUUUAGGCGUCAACAGUUGACUGAAAAGUCAGAUGUUUACUCGUUUGGAGUUGUUCUAUUUGAGGUGUUGUGUGCUCGACCCGUGAUCGACCCGUCUUUGCCCCGUGAGAUGGUGAAUUUGGCUGAAUGGGCGAUGAAAUGGCAGAAGAAAGGGCAGCUUGAACAGAUAAUUGAUGUGACUUUGAAGGGGAAGAUUCGGGCGGAUUCUUUGAGGAAAUUUGGUGAAACGGCUGAGAAAUGUUUGUCUGAUUUUGGGGUUGAUAGGCCUUCGAUGGGUGAUGUUUUGUGGAAUCUUGAAUAUGUGCUUCAACUUCAAGAAGCGGUUCUUCAGAAUGAUCCGGAUGAGAAUAGUACGAAUGUGAUCGGGGAGUUGUCGCCGGUGAUUCAUGACUUUAAUCGUGGCGGUGAUGGUGGCGGUGAUGGGGCGGCUCAGUUUGAGAUGUCGAGCGGUGAUGAUAUUUCCGGGGUGUCGAUGAGUAAGGUUUUCUCACAGUUGGUGAAAUCGGAGGGGAGAUGA